AUGCGCGCCGCUGCGAUGACUGAACCCGGUUGCUUCGAACCCGAGCUUGCGAACACGGCCUCCGAGCUGAGCGCUUUCCGAGACGAACUCCGCCGCUUCGCCACGCGCCGUGAGACAGAGGCUCAGAAUGCUCAGAGCUCGAGCUUCGCAGGUGAGUCUCUGAGUGGACGACGGGUCGCCGCCGGGACAGACGGAGAUGGACCCUUCCAAGGCCGCGGCAGCGGCCCUGCGUCGCUGGAGGAAGUGGACUUACCUUUCAUGGAUCCCCCGAGCUUCCCCCAGGGACUUGCAGCACGGCUCAGGGCGACAGCGGCGGAAUGUGAGGCCAAAGAGCCCGUGUCGAUGGCCAGGCAAACCAUCGAUGCGAAUGCGACCGAAUCUUACACUGCCGCAGAAGUCUUCGUGGGCAGUGGCGGCUCAACUUCUCUGCCUCGAUUCUGUGCAGAAGAUGUUUGUGUGGCCGCAGCAGCUGUCCGAAAGAAGGAGGUGACCGAGGCCGAAAAGGCCGAAAUGACCGAGGUGGCCGAGGUGAGGAGACUGCGUAACGAGUUGGCAGCUGCGGAGAUGCGCUCACUGGAGAUGGAGGGUCGCCAAGACGAGCUGCUAGCGGAGCUGAAGGCGUUUCAGCUCGAGAUCCGCCAGGAGGAGGCCUACAACCAGGAGCUCAAAGCCGAAGCUCAGCCCGGGGCCGGGGAAAAACAUGCGGCCAGGGAGUUGACGGCGGCUGGAGCCAAGCUUUUCAGACUGCUUCAAGCGCAGUACGUGAUGGGAGGCUCCGUGCUUGAGAGGGCAUGGACAACACCGUACUUCCACAGGCACACUCCGGCAUGCGAUGGAGGCACAGGAUCCCUGGCCCUAGAUGCUGAAGCCAACGGUGCCGACGGUGCCGACGGCGACGGUGAGGAAGGUGAUGGGAAGAAGCGCGUCAAGCGCAAGCUAGCGAUUGUUGUUGGUUUCAUCGGAACGAGGUACCGUGGUCUGAUGAUCAAUCCAGAGGUGGAGCCGACGGCAACGAAGAAGUCUGUGGAGGAGCUUCUGCGGGUUGCCAUGGUGAAAGCUGGCAUCGUCACCGACAUCAAUUCUCAGAAGCUGGAGCAGAAGGUUGGCUGGAGCCGCUCCAGCCGGACAGAUGCUGGGGUCAGCGCGCUACGCCUGGUGAUUUCGGCGAGGCUCUGUGUGGAACCGGAGAGCAUCGACGAAGUGGGCUUCAGCCGAGACCUGGUCGAUCAGAUCAACCUGGGCCUGCCUGAAGACAUUCGCUGCUUCAGCGCCAGGAAGGUGCCCAACAGCUUCGAUGCCAAGCAUGCAUGUUCCUGGCGAGAGUAUGAGUACAUUCUUCCCACACACUUGGCAAAGCCGGUGGGUGCAUCACAAGAUGAUGAACCAUCUCCAGAUGCUUUGGCAGCCAAGCUCGAAGCUGUCAUGCGCCGCUUCGAAGGUUGUCACUCUUUUCACAACUACACACGCCUCAAGGCAUCCGACUGUUUGCCCAGGAAGCCCGAAGGUGAGGGCAAGGGAAAGGGGAAGAAGGGGAAAGGGAAGGGCAAGAAGGGCAAAGGAAAGGAGAAAGGCAAAGAGAAGCAGAAGGCUCUGAAGCGGAAGGCCUCCGAGGCGUUUGAGGAGCCGCCGGAGACGACCGCCGAGGGAGCCCCCAGGCAGGGUGAAGCCGGAGAAGGUGCAGAGGCGCCUUCAGCGGACAAUGAGGUCGCAGAGCAUCCCGAUGCUCCAAUGGGUGAAGAAGGUGCAGUUCCCUCACAAGAUGCGCUGGAGCCUGGCGAAGCUGCUGAGGCUCUCCCCGCAGAGGCUCCGAGAGGCCAGGGGCCGUGGGUCGAAGUCUGCGCCAAGGAUGCCAGCAGCGGCGCCUGGCGAAGUCGGCCCGAGCACGUCUUGAAGCACACGCAGAGCACCAUGCACAUGAUCUCGGUGGAGCCAACUAUGGAAGGCAAACUACUGAGAAUCGUGCUUCGCGGCCAGUUCUUCCUCUACAACCAGAUUCGGUUGAUGGUCGGCACCGCUGUUGCCGUUGUAGCCGGGGUCUUGCAGGAGGAGAUGCUCGAGACAGCACUGACGCUCACCACGGAGAUGCACAUGCCAAUGGCCCCGGCCACGGGUCUGUUGCUGCGCACCGCCGGCUUUUCACGAUUAGACAACCGAGCUGGUGCUUGUGCCAUGGACCCAAAGCAGGCAGAAGAGUGUAUGCUGCCUUCCGAUGGGUUUGUACUGAUGGAUGAGCAGGCUUCCCAGAUGGCGCAAGGGUUUGUCAAAGACGUGGAGAAGGACAUGGACGUCCAGUGGAGAGAAAGCGGUGAGGGCGAUGCUUGGGUUGCCAAGAUGGCUUUCAUCAAAGCUCCAACAGGGGCAGUCCUCGAAGAGCUGCGGGCAAUGCGGGCCAAAGUGCUGCAAGACCAGGCAGAGUUCCGGGCAUCACAGGACAUGAAGGAUGCGAAACGCCGUGAAGCGCAAUUGGAUUCACUGGGCGAAAGGUCUUCGACAGGAUUGCUUCCGAGAAGGUUUGCGGCGGACCUGAUGGUGCGCUUCCGCUUGGUGCCAGGCUGGCGUGUGAAUAACAUCCAAGCAGGACUCGUCGCACGAAUAAGACAGUGGCAUCAGGAUCCAUCCCAGAAGCCGCCGAGCAUGUCCAUGCCUCCGGAGACAAAGGAGCUGCUUGCGUACUGCGCAUCAGUGGGGCUCGAUGAGUUGUCCAGCGAGGGCAUCCGAGCAGCCUAA